AUGCUCUCUAAACUGUCUCGGACAAUCCCCAAGAGGUCGCUUGCGUCGAAGGUGUCGACUAUCAGUAGUUGUCGCACAUUUGUUCAACCUUCUGGCGCCGACAGAGCAAGUGUAGUGGAUGUACCAUCUACAUAUCAGGACGACAACCACUUUGCACCUAGACAAGAUAUGCUCGGCUUUAAGCUCGAUGCGCCGCUUCGUGAGGGUUCAGUGGAAGCCAAAACUCGACCAAUUUAUCUGGACAUGCAGGCCACUACUCCUGUGGACCCGAGGGUGCUGGAUGCAAUGCUGCCUUACUUGACUGAUCAGUAUGGCAAUCCGCACAGUCGGACUCACACAUAUGGUUGGGAGGCAGAACAAGGUGUUGAGGAUGCCCGAAAGCACGUCGCCGACUUGAUUGGUGCGGACGCGAAGGAUAUAGUGUUUACCUCGGGAGCCACCGAAUCCAAUAACAUGUCUAUCAAAGGCAUUGCCCGAUUUCAUAAGGACAAAAAGCGUCACAUAAUUACAACUCAGACAGAACAUAAAUGUGUUCUUGAUUCAUGCAGAAAGCUCGGUGAAGAGGGCUUUGAAAUCACGUAUCUUCCUGUUCAAAAAAAUGGUCUUAUCUCCUUGCAGGAACUUGAAGCUGCUAUCAAACCUACAACAUCACUCGUAUCGAUCAUGGCUGUCAACAACGAAACUGGUGUAAUCCAACCUUUGAAAGAAAUUGGCGCUAUUAUUCGAAAACACAGAGGUGUCUACUUCCACACAGAUGCCGCCCAAGCCAUUGGGAAAAUUCCUUUGGAUGUCAAUGAAAUGAACAUUGAUUUGAUGAGCAUCUCUGGCCACAAGCUGUAUGGCCCCAAAGGCGUUGGUGCUUGUUACGUCAGGCGAAGACCUCGGGUUAGACUGGAGCCAAUUCUCAGUGGGGGAGGUCAAGAGCGUGGAUUGCGUAGUGGUACUGUCCCCACUGCACUUGUCGUUGGCCUAGGUGAAGCUGCCCGACUUGCACAAAAGGAGAUGGCUAGGGAUCACGAUCAUGUCAAGAGGCUAUCAAACAGGCUCAUAAGUAGAAUCGAUGCUGAGGUGGAGCAUGUUGUGCGAAACGGAGACCCCAAUGGUUAUCCAGGAUGCGUCAACCUCAGUUUUUCCUACGUCGAAGGCGAAAGUUUGUUGAUGGCCUUGAAGGACAUUGCUCUCUCAUCCGGGAGUGCUUGUACUUCUGCCUCGCUAGAGCCGUCCUAUGUUCUGCGUGCCCUUGGCGCUGCAGAAGAUAUGGCUCACUCAUCACUUCGCUUCGGUAUUGGACGUUUUACGACUGAGGCGGAAGUUGACUUCGUGGUGGCACACAUUAUUAAGACUGUGCACAAACUGCGUGAAAUGAGUCCUCUUUGGGAGAUGGUGCAGGAGGGAAUUGAUAUUAAUUCGAUUGAUUGGUCGCAGCAUUAG